AUGUCGAACUAUUCCAUCUCCAAUGAAUCUUCUAGGAUUCUCAACGAGGUGCUCCUGAAUGACUCUCGACUUGGCUUACCUUCUUCUUUCUCGGAUGCUGCCAAGAAGAUCAAGUUCGUUGGGGACGACGACGAGCCAUUUGUUCUCACACCCUUGAAGAUCACCGAAUCAAGUGCCUCCCUGACUGCUCUAGUGGCCACUGCUGCAAAUGUUGUGGCAGCGGAUCGAUAUGGGAUCGACUACCAAGAUGUAGAGAUCAACACCGAUAUUGCAACUCUGUUCUUGGAGUCGGUCCUGUUGCCGACAAUCAAUGGCAAGCCAUUUUUGGAGCACCCGCAGAUGGCUAAGGAGCUUGCCAAGAUAGACAUCCAUGGCAAUUCGAAACCCAUUAGACGGUACGCAACAAACGUGUACCAGACUAAGGACGGUCGUUGGUACCAGCUUCAUGGUUCAAUGGAUGCGAAACCCACGAUGGGAAUGAUGGGCGUCGAGGAUGUUGACGUCACUGCGGAAGACGCAAUCAAGAUCUAUGCCGAGAAGGUCGCCCAGUGGGAUUCGCAGGAUAUCGAGAAGACCGCAAAUGAGCAACACCGGCAGGCUGGCGUCGUCUGCUACACGCCCGAAGAAUUCUUCUCCAGUGAACAUGGUAAGAUUAUAUCACAAGAGCCUCUCUGGAACAAGACUACGUUGCCAGCACCGCGGAAAGCUUGGCCAUCACCUGGGGAUGAUCACCGUUUUAAGCCACUGGCUGGUAUCAAGGUGAUUGAUUUCUCUCGUGUCAUUGCCGCGCCAGCAGUGUCCAAGAUACUCGCCGUUCUGGGAGCGGAGGUCCUCCGCGUCUCAUGCGAUAAGCUUCCCGAUUACGCGGCGACCAUGCCAGAUCUGCAGACGGGAAAGAGGGACACGAACCUCGAUCUGAAGACUGAGGAUGGAAAGAAUGCCUUCACUGAGCUUGUGAAGAAUGCGGAUGUUCUUAUCGACGGCUACCGACCUGGCGCGCUUGAGCGACUCGGGUUCACAUCUACCUCUUUGCGCGAAAUCAAUCCUAGUCUGAUCUACGUGCGGGAGAACUGCUAUGGCUUCAAAGGCCCAUUGGCAUCUCGAUCUGGUUGGCAGCAGGUUAGUGAUUGUCUAGUUGGCAUAUCUCACCUGCAAGGUAGAUUUCUUGGUCUCGAGGAGCCCGUGGUUCCCCUAUUUCCCAACUCUGACUAUCAGACCGGUCUGGUUGGCGCCGCGGCUACCAUUCAGGCAUUGCUUGCCCGCACCAAGGAGGAUGCCACUUUUGACAUCGACAUCAGCCUUACGCAGUACAAUAUCUGGUAUUAUCGACUGGGCGUCUACUCGGAGUCGCAACAGCAGGCACUGCGGGCGCGCGAUCCCGAAUUCAGCCCCCGCCACUGCGACGAUAUGUCUACCCUGGUCGGGAAAACCCACCAGUCGCUUCAAAAGAUCCGGCCGGACAUGCUUACUCAUCCCGAGUUCUUCUGGACAAUGCCCGGCAAAGAGUGGGGCUUGGACACGGAUCUGAAGGUCCUCGCACCUGCCUUCAAAUUUGAGUCAUCACACAUUGAAUGGGAAAUCCCCUCAGGACGUAGGGGGCGAUCACAGCCUAGGUGGCUUUGA